GCAUCGGCAUCGGCAUCGCUCGCUCGCCUCGUGAAAUAUUUUGUUUGCCUUAAAUUGCGCGAGGGGAGGACGUGGGGUGGGGUGGGGUGGAGUGGGUAAGGGAAGGAGGAUGGCGAUGAUGCGGUGCAGACGGUGGAAGGAAGCCUGGCAGAGGCGAGGGAGGGGGAAGCGAAGCACGCGAAAAGGAAGCAUGGAUGGAUGGGAGGAAGGAAGGAAGAGAGAAGAUGAGCAGACGGAGAGGAGAGGAGGGCGACGUACCGUAUCGCGCCGUACCGCGUACCACUACCGCCACUGUUGGCCAAGACACUGCUGCUGCCGCCAUGGGCGCUUGCGAGAUGCGAGUCGCACGCGAGAUGGCGGACAGAGAAAGAAAGGCAGACGGAUCAGCGCUGCCGCCACAACUACACCACACCACAACAUACGACAACAGCAACGACGACCACAAAUCACCAAAACAUACCCAUACCCACCGUACCCAUACGCACGACUUCGGGCUUCAAACCAGCCCUCAGCCAACCAACCAACCACGCACAACCAACAAACACUCCACCCUACACACCCACUCGCCCGCCAACGUAGCCAGUCGGAACAGAACACGCACAAAGACGCGCAGCGCAGCGCAGUGCACAAGCCCGCCCGCGCACAGCCAGCAGCGCGGGGACGAACAAGCAUGCGAACAACCAGCCAACCAAGCAACAAAGGAACAAGCAACGGCAGAGACUGCUCGGGUAACGAGCCGCCACCACCAACAACAACAAUAACAAAAAUAACAACAGAGACAGAUAAGAGAUAAGAGAUAGACGGCGAAGAUGAAAGAUGAAAGGAAAGGGAAGAUAAGGAGAAUGAAUGAAAGAAGAGAAAGGGGAAGACGAAGGAA